UCCUCGCUGUGACAGAUUAUAUUACAGUGAUCAGCUGUAAUUACAGCUGCGCAGCGCCGACAGGAGAAACACAGCCAUCUGAAGCACAGAGCUGCAUCUGCGAAUAUGUCUCCUCAGGCAGAGUUUGAGAAGAUGGCAGAGGAUGUGAAGAAGGUGAAGACGAGGCCGACGGACCAGGAGCUGCUGGACCUGUACGGCCUCUAUAAGCAGGCCAUAGUUGGAGAGAUUAACACGGAUAGACCAGGAAUGAUGGAUGUAAAAGGAAAAGCUAAGUGGGACGCCUGGAACUCCAGGAAAGUUCGCCCAUUUGCAUCAGAGGAAGAAUUUAAGGUUACAGAAGAUAUUGUGAAGAAAUUUCAAGAGGGUGUUGGCAAAGAGCUGCACCAAAAACUACUGCAGAGAGCCAGGACCAAGAGGAACUGGCUGGAAGAAUGGUGGUUAGACGCUGCGUAUCUGGAGCUCCGCAUGGCCUCUCAGCUGACCAUGAACUUUGCAGGCCCGGGGGCGUACCUGGAGCACUGCUGGCCUGCUGCAGAGGGAACCCAGCUGCAGAGGGCCAGUGUUAGCGCAUGGCACACACUGCAGUACUGGAACCUGAUCCGCACGGAGAGGAUUCUCCCCCAGAAAGCUGGAAAAACACCGUUAGACAUGGACCAGUUCAAAAUGCUGUUUUGCACCUGCAAAGUGCCUGGAGUGAAGAAGGACACCAUUCGUAACUACUUCAAGACAGAGAGUGAGGGUCCGUGCCCCUCCCAUUUGGUGGUCAUGUGUCGUGGACGGAUCUUCACAUUCAACGCAGUCUAUGACGGACAAAUCCUCACUCCUCCGGAACUUCUCAGGCAGCUGACCUAUGUGAAAGAGCGCUGUGAAAGAGAGCCAGAGGGAGACGGAGUGAGUGCUCUCACCUCAGAUGAGAGGACUCGUUGGGCGCAGGCCAGGGAGCAUCUAAUAAGCAUCGACCCGCACAAUAACACCAUUCUGGAGACCAUCCAGAGCAGCAUGUUCGUCAUUUCUCUGGAUGAAGUGAAACCCUACUCCACUGCAGAGAACUACUCAAAUCUUACCCUGGAAGCCCUGACAGGAAACCCCACCAUCCGCUGGGGUGACAAAUCAUACAAUUCACUGGUGUUCGCAGAUGGCACUUUUGGGUCCACUUGUGAUCAUGCACCAUAUGAUGCCAUGGUGCUGGUGUCUAUGUGUUGGUAUCUGGACCAGCAAAUCAAAAGUACGGGGGGCAAAUGGAAGGGCUCAGACGCAGUCAGACCGAUACCCAACCCCGAGGAGCUUGUGUUUACUGUGGAUGAAAAAAUCCAGAGUGACAUCAGCCACGCCAAACAGCAAUACUAUGAGACGGCACAGGACCUGCAGAUCGUGUGUUACGCCUUCACAGGGUUUGGAAAAAAGGACAUCAAACAGAGGAAGUUGCAUCCAGACAGCUUCAUCCAACUAGCAAUGCAGCUGGCCUACCUGAGAAUUCACAAGAGGCCAGGAUGUUGUUACGAGACAGCAAUGACUCGCAAGUUCUACCACGGCAGGACGGAGACGAUGCGAUCCUGCACCCAGGAGGCUGUGAACUGGUGCAAAGCCAUGAUGGACCCCACGUGUGAUGCUGACAGCAGGAGGAAAGCCAUGCUGCAGGCCUUCGCGACACACAACAAACUGAUGGCUGAAGCCCAGGAAGCUAAAGGUUUUGACCGGCAUCUCCUCGGGCUGUAUCUGAUCACCAGAGAGGAGGGACGUCCCGUUCCAGAGCUCUAUACGGAUCCUCUGUAUGCACGAAGUGGCGGUGGUGGUAACUUCGUGCUGUCGUCCAGUCUGGUGGGCUACACUACUAUUAUGGGGGCCAUGGCUCCCAUGGUGAAACACGGCUACGGCUUUUUCUAUCGCAUCCGAGAUGACAGGAUUGUGGUCUCCAUCUCAGCGUGGAAAUCUUGCCGUGAGACGGACGCUGUGACACUAUUCAACAACUUCAGCAACUCCUUGCACGACAUGCUCCACCUGGCCACCACGUCUCAGCUAUAAGUACUCACACAGACACAAUAACGCACACACGGUUCACAAACCCUCAGCAGAUAGCCGACAGCUAGCGAUAGUUUGUUCUGAGCACCGAUCAAUGCAAAAAUACAGAGUCAGUACCUGCUAGGUGAUACACACCCAGUGUGGCAUUAAGAGAAUCUAUCAACUUCACUGUUUCUUUCAGUGUUAAAAAAAGACUUUUUGUUUAAAUUGUUCUUUUCUGACUACAUAUUUUUCCUGAUUCUCUGAGUUUAUUUGGUUCUCGUGUAAAUUAUGUAGAGAAUGUUUAAUUUUAACUACUGACAGUAUUAUUCCACAUUUUAACUAAGCUAAUCCUAAGUCUUGAGAUCUUUUUUAUCAUGUCCGUCCUUCGGUGAGUACAUAUUCAACAGACAGUAGUUAGGUUUCUUAGGUUUUUUAGUUGUUCAAAAAAAAUCUUCCCAUUAUCCGGUGUGCUCUCUGUCAUAUAUCAACUGCUUUUUCUUUAUUUGAAGUUUGACCAAUGCUCAUUUAAGAGGUGCUAUCAUCAGUGACUGAGGCCUGAAUCUGAUUAUACUUGACCCCACAGUCCAGUUUGUGAUACCGGUGUGAACACUGUGUACCUUACCCAGGCACUCGCACAACUACAACAACGUUUUAACCGGUUAUGAAAUUGUCUCAAUGUAAAACUGAUGUGUCUGUAUCAGACAGCAGCACAGCCCGCCGUUCCACCUAAUAUGAAAACACCCUUAAUAAUGUCAUCUGGUUGCGCCACCCUCUGCUUAUGUAGAUGAACCAACUCCCAAGCAUAAGCACAAUAAAUUUGCAUUUCCUUUUGCUGAUUUUAUGAAAAUUCGGUCAAAUUUGCGCAACAUUUGGAUAAAAACCCAACUUGUUAAUGUUCUAAGGUGGACAAUGGAAGAAAAUAAAUAAUGGCUUUCGACUGCUGGCCUUAGAUUUCUCUGCAAUUUAUAAAAGUCAUUCCAAAUAAAACCAUAUUAAGUAAGAUUUGUUUUGGAUUAGCGAAAUCUACUGAAACAUGUAACAAAAAUACUCAACAUUUAAAGUUGGACUGAUUUAUUUUUCCUAAAAGGAAAUCAGUGAAUAUCUUUUUGGUAGUGAUUCUGAUGUGUGCCUUAUAUGAUUAAAACUAUUUUCAACAAAAAGAUAAAAUUUAAGUUUUGUCAGUGCUAAAAUAAAACAGACCAAAGUCUGAAGUCCAAAAAUGGUCCGUAAUAUGCCCCGCUGCCACACAGGCCGUCCUGACCUUACUCUGUAACUCUGUAACUCUGUACACUAGUUUAUUUGAACUACAGGGUAACAAAUGUGUUGAGGUCGCAGGGUUGGCUGUUGCUGAAAGUUUUGUAAGUCUGAUCAUUUGCCUUCAUUAUAUCUGCACCAUGGAUGUAUAAAGACAACUGGAUGCAGCAUUGGAGGCGGAGCCGCAUUCAUUCCCAUUGAAGUUUGUCGGUGGGCACGUGAAUCAAAAAAAAGGGUGGCUUUGCGGGUAUAAAAUAACCUGGAUCUUCUGCAAUUUUAGGAAAGUGCAGGCGAGACCGUCUGCUGACUUAAAUUUGAAUUAAAUUAUUUAAUCAUGCAUCUAGAUUUUUGAAAUGUUGUUGGACCGAAUGAAUCAAAUCCUGAGUCGUUUCCCAGGAGCAGUAAUGCUAAAAAAAAAUCCACUGAUUUACGAGUUGCCUUUCAGUCUGUUGAGGUGCUGCACAGCGUUUUGUUUUUCUUCAGUGACUUACCUUAAAGCACCUGCACAAUAUGCAGCGUUCCUUUUUCUGUGUUCUCUGUCUGUCAAAUUAAAGAUGAAUGUUUGUCACUUUC